AUGAGCGCAAGCCCUGUGGUUGUGGUGGUUGCGUCCGCAACUAGGAUAGGUAUAAUAAAUGUGACGACGGGACGACCGGAACCCCUUGCUGUGGAUAUGGAAAGUGCAACGGUUUCUGUUGUGCUUGCAAAGGUGGAUGUCGCCACGCUUAGGCCUCGUUCCUGA